GUAUGGGUUUGGGUAUCUUUGCCAGAACGCUGUCAACACAAAUUCCCAUGAGCUCUUGAUGUCCGUCUCACUGAAGAAAUAUUUCCCCAUCACAACCUCUGACGGAUCUGAACAACAGAGACCUGAAACAAACAUCAGGUAAAGGAUGCACAUCAUCCCCUCCCACCCCUCAUCCUCACAUCCAAACACUGAAUCUCAUCACAAACACCCAACACUCAAAGCUUCAUCGACCUGCAUCACUAUGAGUCCAUCUGUGAUUUAUCACAUCAUACGCAUGAUGUGUUUGGUGGUCUGUGUGUUCGGAUGGCAUGAUUUAGACAACAGUGAAUAUGACUGCUGGCCUCUGGACAAACCAGAUGAACUCAACAUGAUCGACUGUGGAGGUUUGGAAAUGGCGUGGAUUCUCCGUCCUCCAGAGAAGGUUCUGAGCGGUGAAGAGUUCACUGUUAUUUACUCCGUCACAGUCAGAGAUGAGUUUUACCAGUGGGCUGUCAACAAUAAUAUAUUCAUACACAGGUCCAUCACAGACCCAGAUGAAGCCAGAAGAUUCUGUGAGCAUCAUGAAUGUCCCAGCAACUGGAGAGAUGCGAACGGAGAAAACUGCUGCAUCCAUCAUGCCAACAUCCACUCCUGCCCCAUGGGAUUCAUGAAAGAGGCAGAGGAGAGAAUCUGUGGUCCUUGGAUUCCAGAUGAUGGAAAAAUCUUCACUCACACCAUCUCGACUUCUGGAAAAAUGUCCCAGACAAACUGGACUGCAAAGGUGGUGUUGUUUCAUGAGGGCUUGACGUCUCUGAUCGCUCACAUCCGUGUGGGAAACAUGCAGGUCGCACUGGAGGCCAAAAGCUCGGUCUUACCUGCUAUCAUGUGUGGUGAUGGUAUUUGUGAAGAAGAAGAGAGUUGUGCAACAUGUCCUGCAGACUGUGGUGAUUGUCCACUAGGUUCUACUGUACAAGCUGCAAUCGUUCUUACUGUGACCAUCGUCAUCAUCAGCUUCAUCAUCAGUGCUAUGUGGUUUAAAUAUCAGAAACAGAAGCUCUUCUGGGAUGAAAGUUGGAUCAUUGACUUCAAUCAAAUUAAACAAGAUUAUGUUGCCCGGGCGACCAUGGGCAGUAUCAUGAGCGUUCCAGCUGCAAACAGUGACUCCAAUGCCAGUUGUGUGACAGCGCUGAGCUCAUACACGGGUGUUAACACAUCACGAAAACAACUCUACACACACACAGGCAUCUAUGACGGACGAACCGUUGCCAUCAAGAAAAUUAAAUCAAAAACAUUUUCCCUUACAAAGACCAUUCGUCAAGAGGUGAAGCAAGUGAGGGAACUGGACCAUCCCAACCUCUGUAAGUUUUUUGGAGGUUGUGUGGAGGUUCCUAAUGUUGCCAUAAUAAUCGAGUAUUGUCCUAAAGGAAGUCUGAAUGAUGUUCUACUGAAUGAAGAGAUUCCUUUAAACUGGGGCUUCAGAUUCUCCUUUGCUACUGAUAUUGCUCGUGGGAUGUCUUAUCUCCAUCAGUAUAAGAUCUGCCACGGACGCCUUAAAUCAUCUAACUGUGUUAUAGACGACCGCUGGGUUUGUAAAAUCACAGAUUAUUGUCUGUGGGUUUUUCGGCGUGAAGACUCUCCUGAACCUCUCACUACAUAUCAGCAGAGACUGAAGGAGGUCUACACACCACCUGAAGCUCAGAAUGGGGACCAGGAGCCCACUUUAGCCGGAGAUGUGUUCAGUUAUUCAAUAAUCUUACUGGAGAUUGCCACUAGAAAUGACCCAGUACCUGUUGAAGACAGCUCUCUGGAGUGUGCCUGGUGUCCUCCACUGCCUGAAUUGAUUUCGGGUAAAGCUGACAGCACCUGUCCCUGUCCUACUGAGUACGCUGAGCUGAUUCGAAGGUGCCGUGCCCAUAACCCUACCCACCGGCCCACUUUUGAGCAGAUACGCAAGUUUGUCAACAAAAUCAACCCACACAAAGUCAGUCCUGUGGACAUGAUGAUGGAGCUGAUGGAGAAGUACAGUAAACAUCUGGAGGUUCUGGUGGGGGAACGAACACAAGAUUUGAUGCUGGAGAAACAAAAGACAGACCGACUUCUUUACAGUAUGUUGCCCAAACAGGUGGCAGAUGACCUGCGACAGGGCAAACCUUUACAAGCUCAGAGUUACAUCAGUGCCACAGUCUUCUUCAGUGAUAUUGUGGGUUUUACACAGUUGUCCAGCUCAAGCACACCGUAUCAGGUCGUUGACUUCCUCAAUAAACUCUACACAACCUUUGAUGACAUCAUUGACAACUAUGACGUCUAUAAAGUGGAAACGAUCGGUGACGCGUAUAUGGUGGUAUCAGGGGUACCCAGAGAGAACGGGAUCCUUCACGCUUCAGAGAUCGCCAGCAUGGCUCUCGACCUGCUGUCCGUCUGCAAGACCUUCAGAAUCCCCCACAGACCACAAAACCAACUGCAGAUCCGCGCUGGAAUACACUCAGGUCCUGUAGUGGCAGGUGUGGUGGGAACUAAGAUGCCACGCUACUGUUUGUUUGGAGAUACGGUCAACACAGCGUCUCGCAUGGAGUCGAAUAGUGAGGCAUUGAAGAUUCAGUGUAGCUGCAGCACAUUUUACCUGCUGGAAGAGAUCGGUGGCUACACGCUGACCUGUCGAGGUGUGUUACAGGUGAAGGGUAAAGGUGAUAUGGUAACAUACUGGCUUGAAGGGAAACGUGCUGUGGCUCCCAGUAAAGAUUCAAAGAAACCAGUGAUGGUCCAGGAGCCUGACAGAGAGGACUACACCAGUAUCCCAGGAGUCCUCAGCCCAUCUAACAGCACUGAACUCCUGUGUGACCCCAACUAACUGUCCUAGCACUACCGUAAAUGUGUCCUUAUACUGGAGAUUUCUGCUGUUUGAAUGUUUAAUACAAAUGUGUUGUGUUUUAAAACACAGAUCCUCUUCUUAAUCAAUAUUAUUAUCAUUAACUACAGUAGUUUAUAACUGUGACAGUGAAGUUAACUGUAGUUUAACUUAAGGAUGGUGAAGUGUCUGUGAACUCCAGGCUCGCGUGUUUGUAGUCUCGCGUGUUUGUGGCCUUGAGUGUUUUGUAGUCUUCGGUGUUUUGUAGUCUCGGGUGUUUGUGGCCUCAGAUGUUUUGUAGUCUCGGGUGUUUGUAGUCUCGGGUGUUUUGUAGUCUCGG